GCCAGUAGCAGGACCAUCAGUCAUACAUUCGCCAUCAUUGCACAUUGUUUGCUGCUUUGGUCGAGGAUGUGUGCGGAUUUAGUGAAAUAUUUACUUUAUCAAAUGUUUGAGAAAUUCGUUAAUCAGGAAAUAUUUUAAACGCGGGUUUAUCUAAUGUCAAGUUUCAGAUUUUUAUAUAAAAAAAAAAUAAAUAAUUCAUUGCAUCAAUGAAAAGUAUGGAGAAUAUAUGAACGGAUAUGUCACACCUAUUGAAACGCACAAAGAAAACGUGCCUGAAGUUAUUGCGGAAACUAUCAUCUAAAACAUCUAAUGCAGAAAAAUUGGAUGAGGAACCUGAGCACGUUGGCACUAUUGCACCGCAAUAUACUGAAUUACAAACAAUAACACAAAACUCAAGCAAUAAUAAUGUUACAAAACCGCUGGAACUAGCCUAUGAUAAUGACAUAGAUCUUGUAUCUGAAGAUGAGUUUAAUCAUUUUUGCUUUGAUAGUAAACAUGGUAAUUCAAUUUUGCAAAGUUUGACUUCUAAGCUCUUCCUUACCGCCGAUGGUUAUGAAUUUCAUCGUCUUCAUCAAUUACGAAGCGAUACGACUUCAGAUAUUUUGCAAUUCGAAAACAAUUUCGAUGAAGAAAUUGUUUUUGAGAAGGUCAAGUACAGGGAGGAUAUAAGAUAUUUUCGCCACUCUCCGUCCAAUUGUAGCCUAGACAAUACUGCACAAAUUACUUUCACACCUACGCCUUAUCACUUAUCCGAUUCAAAUAGCAUUAUAAGCAAUAAUUCUACCGAUGAUAAUUUACAUUUUACACCAUACACAAGCAAACGAAAUAAGUUUUUUCCAAUGAACUUUAAUCUAGACUCUUCCGCAGAUGAUAUGCUGGCAGUACGAGAUAGGGUUUCAAAACCAGAUGAUGAAAUGCAUACAUAUAAAAUGGCUCCGGUAUUUAAAUGGGAUAUAAAUGGGAAUCCAUUUGAUGCGACAAUGUAUAAUAAUGAUAAUUGGAGUGAAUAUGAUUUUAGAUUAAAUAAAAAUCGCGGUAAACGUUUUAGUGUUCAUCAAUCAGAUGAAUCUCAAAAAUCUAGUUUUCGUUCCAGUUCCACAACACUUGAAACUUGGAUUGAAGAUGAACAAAUUGGAAAUUCCUUUCACGAACAAAUAGGACUGCAUAGUAACUUUUGCCUUACGACAGCUUAAAUAUAUAAACAAGUGCUCUUUAAGAUUGAAAAAGUGAGAUAAAAAAUAUUAUAAAUCAAAAUAUAAGUUUACACUUAUAAA